CAAGAAAAAUAUUCCAUACCUGUUGCCGGCGUUUUGAUCGACAGAAGAGAGCGUGCCCGCGAUAAAUGGGUCUCGCCCCAUCUCCGUAGACUCCAAGCCAUCCGAUCGUCUCCAAGAAAAUGCUCCACUGGUCCCUGAUAGUUAGUGCCCUGGGCGUCUGCGUGGCCGCCUUGGGCGGCUACUGCGGCUGGGUUUUCUUUCCCAACAUGGUACACAAAAAGGUCGAACAGAGCGUCGUUAUAGCAGAUGGCUCCGAACAAUAUAAACGUUUUGUGAAUCUGCCUCAGCCAUUGAACUUCAAAGUCUACAUAUUUAACGUGACCAAUCCGGAUAGGAUUCAACAAGGUGCCAUACCCAUAGUCGAGGAAAUAGGACCCUAUGUAUACAAGCAGUUCCGUCAGAAGAAAGUGAAGCAUUUUUCGAGGGAUGGUUCGAAAAUCUCCUAUGUGCAAAAUGUGCACUUUGAUUUCGAUGCCGAUGCCUCCGCUCCGUACACCCAAGACGAUCGUAUUGUGGCGCUCAAUAUGCACAUGAAUGCAUUUUUACAAGUAUUCGAAAGAGAAAUCACAGAUAUCUUUCAGGGAUUUGCCAAUAGGCUAAAUUCCCGAUUGAAUCAAACACCAGGAGUACGAGUCCUGAAACGAUUGAUGGAACGUAUUCGAGGGAAACGUAAAUCUGUCCUGCAAAUCUCUGAGAACGAUCCUGGUUUGGCUUUACUGCUGGUUCAUUUAAAUGCCAAUCUGAAGGCGGUUUUUAACGAUCCGAAAACGAUGUUUGUGAGCACCUCUGUGAGGGAAUAUCUCUUCGAUGGAGUGCGCUUCUGCAUCAAUCCCCAGGGAAUCGCCAAGGCCAUUUGCAAUCAGAUCAAGGAGAGUGGGUCCAAAACUAUUAGGGAACAAAGCGAUGGCAGCCUGGCAUUCUCCUUCUUUGGACAUAAAAAUGGUUCCGGACACGAAGUCUACGAGGUGCAUACUGGAAAAGGAGAUCCUAUGAGGGUGUUGGAGAUCCAGAAACUGGAUGACUCGCACAAUCUGCAGGUGUGGCUAAAUGCCAGUACAGAGGGCGAAACUUCAGUCUGCAAUCAGAUCAACGGAACUGAUGCAUCGGCCUAUCCACCAUUUCGUCAGCGAGGGGAUUCCAUGUACAUCUUCAGCGCGGAUAUUUGCAGAUCAGUGCAGCUGUUUUACCAUUCAGAUAUUCAGUACCAGGGAAUUCCUGGAUAUCGGUACUCCAUCGGCGAAAACUUUAUCAACGACAUUGGACCGGAACACGAUAACGAGUGUUUUUGCGUUGACAAAUUGGCGAAUGUGAUAAAGAGGAAAAACGGAUGUCUCUAUGCGGGUGCCUUGGACUUGACCACCUGUUUAGAUGCCCCUGUGAUUUUGACUCUGCCUCAUAUGCUGGGCGCCUCGAAUGAGUACCGAAAGAUGAUAAGGGGCUUAAAACCAGAUGCCAAGAAGCAUCAGACUUUUGUAGAUGUGCAGUCGCUGACGGGCACGCCCUUGCAAGGCGGCAAGAGGGUUCAGUUCAAUAUGUUCCUUAAGAGCAUUAAUCGCAUUGGCAUCACCGAAAAUCUACCCACAGUUCUGAUGCCCGCCAUUUGGGUGGAAGAGGGCAUCCAACUCAAUAGCGAAAUGGUGGCCUUCUUCAAGAAGAAAUUGAUCAACACACUAAAAACCCUCAAUAUUGUCCACUGGGCGACCUUGUGCGGUGGCAUUGGUGUGGCGGUGAUAUGCCUCAUAUACUAUAUCUAUCAAAAGGGGCGUGUCGAGGAGCCACCCGUGAAGUAAGAUAUUAAUCAUAAAUCCGUAUUUGUUAUUGAGUGUUAUGUAAAGUGUAUUUGUUAUGUUAUUAUGAUAAUUAUGAAUGUAACACAUGCAGUUUUUGUCUACGAAUUUGUAUAUAAUUUAUUUUUUAAAUGUGAUUCUAUUGUAUUGUGAUUUAGCGUUUACUAAAAAAAAAAAACAAGAAAAACUACCAA